AUGAGUUCCAACAGCGGCUUGGCCGAAGCCUUCAACCCCGGGACCGCAAGCACUAGAUCCACACCAACGGUGCGACCGCGAACUCGCCGCUUGAUCUCCAUCGUCGACAGUGACAAUGAGGAUGGUGGGAGGCAAAUGCAGUCCUUCGGACUGUCGUCGAUGCUGUCCUCGGAGUCGGUCGUCCGCUCUCGCGGUGCCACUCCAUCGCCAAACCCAUCCCGCGGAGUGUCCCCUAUUCCGAUGAGACAUCCAUCUCGAGCUACCGAAUCCUUCAACCGCAUUCGAGGAAACAGCUCCCUAGGUGGGUUUCGUCAAAGACAUGAGGACUGGACCCAAGUUGGCUUAGACAAUAUUUCUUCUAUAGAUUUUCUGGAUGCAUCCUGGUCAUCGCUGCAAAGCUUGGCCUCAUCAGUAUUAGGGAGCGAUAUGGCGCGACCGGCUCCCAACGGCACCGCGCGAGGUCAUGCCCGGAAACCCUCCCGACCGGACUUAUAUUCGAGACCACCCCCUCGUUCAUCCAUACCUGCGUCAUGGGGGCCAUCGGCUCCGUCGACACCGGAAGUUGGAGUGGGGACCAAGGAAGAACGGCAGGCAUUGGUGCAGGCAAAGAAACGCGAGGCUCUUCUGCUGGCCGACACCGGGCCAGCUUGGGCCCCCGGUUCGCGACACAAGCGGCGGGAUUCGAGCGACCAAACGGGUCAUUCCAACAUUGACCCGGAGCAGGAUGAGGACGCGCUAGUAUACAUACACCAUGUGCAACCGACAGAUACCAUCACCGGUGUUACGAUACGAUAUGGCUGCCAGCCGGCAAUUUUCCGAAAGGCCAACGGAUUCUGGCCCAGCGAUAGCAUACAAGGCCGGAAAACGGUUCUCCUGCCGGUUGCCGCUUGCUCGAUCAAAGGACGGCCAAAACGGAGUGGGCCCGACGCUGGCCUACUGAACGGUACCCAUGAGUCUCUGGAAGACUUGAAUGGAAGCUCGAUUGCACCCACUGCGGUACCGGGACAUCCGAAAUCGGAACCACCAAGUACUAUGCACGAAGGAGACGGGGACCGGGUGUGGAAGCACGAGUCCUGGGUAGAGAUCGAAGGAUUCAGUGCGCCAGUCGAGAUAGGGCGCAUUCCUCGAGGCGCAUUGGGGUUUUUCCCACGCACACGGCGAAAAUCGGUGUCUUAUACCGACUCCGUACCAUCGCCAUCCUCGGAUCAGGCACGAACGGCAACGGCUUCUUCUGUAUCCUCAUCACCGGCUGAAUCCCAGUCCUUCCAGCCUCCCAUAUUCCAAUGGAACCGCCAGUCCACCGACCCCUCUUCUCCCAAGAACCCUAAGAACCCCAGGAGGCCCGGAACCCGGCAUCAGCGCCAACACAGCGGCAUUCAAUUCUCCGCCCCCGGCGUCGGCACACUCGACCGCGACAUCACCGCCCCGGGCCCCGCGAUGGACGGACUGAGCAAGUUCUUCGCGCAGCACCUCCCCAACCUUGCGCCCGCAACCCGACCCCCGAACUUCGACACCACUUCCGAUACCCCCACCGCCUCCGCCGUCUCCAACACCCCCACUGGCCUCGAGAACAUCGGCGGGGCCGUGGAAUCGUGGGUCCGCAAGAUGACCACCCGCGCCAAAGCCAGCCUCAACGACCUGCAGCAAGCAAGCGGCACCCCCGCCAGCACCGACCCCACGGUCCAGAUCCAAACCAGCGGCCGUCGCAAUCUGGGCGAUCUCAUCGAGCUGAACGAUGGACUAGAGCCGGCAGCACCCAACCCUCCCGGAGCAUCGACCUCCCUCCUCCCCAACGGAACAUCCUCCACAUCCUCAUCCUCGACUCUCAGAGGCCGCUUCCCCACCCCGUCACCUGGACGAUCGAGCAGGACUCAUCCAUCCAGGGAUCGGUUCAAGGAUGAUUGA